CAACCGGAUCUUCGGCCUGUGAUUGGCGGACGCGCCCGACCAAUCGCAGCCGGACGAAUCACUGGCAGGAAUACUUGGUGUGAGUGAGUGAACGCGGCCGUAGUAAUCCGUGAGUGACGUACUUUAUAGAAUUGGUAUCUGAACAAAAAGUGAAGCAAGAUGAGUAUCCAGUGGACUUUAAUAGCAGGUGUUAUGUAUGUGGAGUUAGCAGUCACCAUCUUUCUGCUAAUACCCAUCAUUUCACCACAGAGAUGGCACUCCAUCUUCAAGUCACGGUUUCUGAGAAGCAUUGGAAACAUGUCACAUAUAUACUUCAAGGUGUUCCUUGGUGUUUUGAGUCUUUUCUUCUUAGAUGCCAUCCGUGAGAUGAGGAAAUACAGCCAUGAACUGUCAGAACAACAAAAAGGUGAUCAUGGGUAUCACUUGGAUGCUGAAAUGCAGGCUCACAUGAGGCUCUUCCGUGCCCAGCGCAACUUUUACAUCUCUGGCUUCUCCCUUUUUCUUUGGGUGGUGUUGCAACGAUUGAUGACACUUAUUUCUAACCUUGCUGUUGCAAUGGCGGAAGGACAUGCUGCCCUUAAGCAGGCCAAGACAGCCUCUGAGACUGCAGCUCAGCUUCUAAAGCAAGACAAGGCUGACAAGGAAGAGGAUCAGCAGAAAGAAGCUAAUGUCUCAAAUGAAAUAAAAGAAUUGAAGGAAGACAAGCAUCGCUUGGAAGCAGAACGAGAUGCUGCUCUGAAACAAGCUGAAGCUGUUGGCCGUGAAUAUGACCGCAUGCUUGAAGAACAUGCAAAGCUCCAGGAGCAGUUGAAGAAAGCAAGUGGUGCUGAAGAGUCCAAGAAGGAUGAUUGAGGACAGUUUCCUAUCCUGCUAUGAUAUAAAUUAUGUGUACAGGAACAAAUGGGAAGAGCAAGUUUGGUUUAUCUUUUGAUGAUGUUCAGUGUUUACUAUUCAGAUGAACAUUAUGUAAGUUAAUUAAUUUAAUAUUAAAAAGCAAGCCUAUGAGAUCUUGCUUAGUGCAUAGGCUUCAAACAGUGCCUCUUGAAAUAUUGCUCUCAUGACAGUUAUUUAGUGAACUAUAUUUGGAGGUUCAAAUUAUAAGAUUCUGCAUUUGUAUGGUCUUUUUCAGAAAACUGGAGGCCAUGAAAUUAGUGGUUUGUGAAAUAAAGUGCUUGGGCCUAUUUGAUUAAUUUUUACUUUUGAAGGAGUGUAUCUCCAUUUAUUUAAUUUUUUAGAAAUAAUAAUAAUUAGUACACCCUUUAUAGUUUCCCACAUACAGGGCUCCUUUGACUUCCCAUUUAUUACAAAUCAAAUAUUUUUCAUUACUUCUAUAAUUCCUGCUUAAAAACAGCAUGUGUUAUUUUUUUUUGGUAUAGAUUACUGCCCAGUAGAUUAUAUGAAACAUCAUUUUUUUCUUCAACAGUUUGCUUGACAUCUGUCAUUAUCAACUUUUCCCUGGCCAUGUUAAUGUGUAUAUGUUCAUAGGAUUGUUUGCGUGUGUGCAGAAUCAUCUUAUUUUCAACUUAGUUUCCUCAUAAAAUGUUUACUGUUGAUGUGGUGUGGCUGUUUCUAUUCAGUGUACUUAUCCUUGUAGUCAUUUUGUUUAUACGAAAGAAGGUUGACAGAGUUACUAGGCUCAUUUCUAAUCUUUUUCAGUUAUGUAAGGAAUUAUUUCCUCUGAUAAUAAUAAUAAUAA